AUGUUCAACAACAGCAACAUUUUUGUUGCGGAAGAAAACCAAACGGAUCACGCUCAAUAUUCGUCGGAAAGCCAAUUUUGUUCUUUUUUAAAACAAGUGCAAAAGGGAAAUGACAUCUCUUUUCCAGACUUCAGAGCAAUCUGUAUCUUCAUCGCGAUUGCAAAUGCUCUUCUGGCGUUGUUUGUUAUACUUGGAAACAUCGUGAUCAUCGCAGCUUUUUAUCGAUAUGCGCAGCUAAGAACACCAUCUAACUUACUCUUGCUUGGUUUAUCAGUUUGUGACUUGUUGGUUGGUUUAGUUACUCAGCCUGUUUUUACCGCCGAAGUCGCUUUAGUCGCCGCAAACUCAGACUUGGCUUGCCAGCUAAAAGAUCUUUAUGUUAUUUUCCUUUUCUCCUUUUCAUCCUCCUCAGUGGUGCACGUUUGCUUGAUCAGCGUCGAACGUUCCUUUGCCAUAAUGUUCCCUUUUAAACAUGAACAUCUUGUGACGACCAAGAGAGUUUCUGUCUUGGUGGUAGUGUUUUGGAUUUUUUGGGCUUUGCUAACCGUGUCCACCAGACGCAAUCAUGGCGGAGGUGUAAUUGGCUACUCACGUAUAACAUUUGUUGUUUUCAGCGCUCUGGUAGUGCUUCUUUUGAACAUUCGACUUUGGAUAGAAGCUCGAAGACAUUCUAGGAAUAUUGCGAGCUUUACAGGAAACCCUAAUUCCGCUACCAAUGAAGAGAAUGGCACACAAGCACGAAGAAAAUCCCCGCGCGACGGCAAGGCAGCUAAAACAGUUUUGUUAAUCAUUGGCUUAAUGGUUUUAUGCAAUUUACCACUUAUAGCAACAUUCACUGCACGUAAGUUUUACAACGUACGCGGACGAGUAAUGACUUUACUUUGGUUCGCUUCAAACACAGUCGUAUUAAUGCCUGCCACACUAAACCCAGUAACUUAUUUCUGGCGCAAAAAGGACUUCAGGAUUUCUGUAAAGAGAAUGCUCGGUUGGCAGAAUGCUGUUGAAGUGCCACAUUGA